AUGUAUGAUAACUUACAAGCAAGCCCUGAAAGAGACGAUACUUUAGAGAAUUUGAAAAAUGAAUGUAAUCUGUACAUGAAUCGGAUUGAUAGUAAUGAUGACGAAUAUGAAAAUGGCAAUGAAUUAUAUCAAGACCGUGGAAGCCAAGAAUACAUGGAAAGGAAGAAUAAGAGGUAUAAUAUAAGUGCUAACGACACCUCUGAAGGGGGACCUAAUGAAGCAAUGCGUAAUAAUUCAAUCCUUAAAGGAACAUACAUAGACGACUUGAAUCAAAAUCCCCCUAGGAGGUAUAAUGACAUGAAGUUAAAAAGAAACCCAAUCGGGGAACCAUCGUCGAGGCUUUCUUCGACUGCAACUUAUGUGGAGCAACAACCUGCUUUUCAACCUUCUUUAUCUUCUAAAACUUCCUCUCGAACUUCAUCAAAACCGACCACUUCACAUUCACCAUAUUCAUAUUCGCAUGGUUCGAACAAUAACAGCAUCAAUAAUAAUUCUAACCAAUAUGAUAUCAAUACCAUACUGAAAGAAUUAGAAAAAUUUAAAAGUAAUUUAUAUUCCCAACAAUUAGAAAUUGAAAAUUUGAAACGUGAUUUCAACAUGGAAAAAAACAAGAACUAUAGUCUGCAAACUGAAUUAGAAAUCAAUAAAUCAAAUAAUAUUAAAUUAAGUACUAAAAACUCAAAAUUAGAAUUGAAAAUCAAUACCUUGGAAAGAUCAAUUAAUGAAAUGAGAAAUAAUUUUUAUCUACAACCGUCAUUGAUUCAAUCACCAAAUUUGUCUCCGAUUCGUGCAGUCAGGAACAUUAAUUCCACAGGCACGACAUACUCCAAUCCAAAUGGCAUACCUUCUUCAUCUUCAACUUCCACAAGAAAUGGUCUUCUCUAUAAUAGAAGAGAAGAAAGUGAACAUCCAUAUAAUUACUAUUAUAAUAAUGAUAAUAAUACGUCAUCAAACUACCAACCUCCAACAAGGUGGAAAUCAAACAUGAGGAAUAUCCAACCUGAUAUCGAUACUGAUCCUAUACCUCCUUCAAGAAACAAUUACCACCAUAAUGAUCAUAAAUUACCAUAUAAUACCAGAUCUCUUGAUAGAAGGAAUAAUACAAAGAAUGCCGUUCGAAUGAAUGCAAUCAACGAAGAUAGUACAGAAGCUCUCAUGGCUAAAGUUCCAACAAGAUUGUGA